AUGCCUCCGCUUCGGCGCUGUGAGGCAAACAAGCGGGCGCAGCCUGUGCUGGGCGCCGAGUCCCCGGGCGUCCUGUAUGCGGCGGACGGGCAGUGGUUUGUCGGGGUCGGCAGGGUGGUUGCGCUGGGUGUGACGUAUCGGCUUUCUGGGCCGGAGCAUCUCCGUGUCUAUGUUGAGCCGGUCCCUGGGAAGUCUGGCGGCGACUAUGACUUCUUCCACCCCGUCACCCGCGAGUGGAUGGACGAGCUGCCCCAGACCAACCCCGUCCCCGGCGUGGAGUGCACGCGCCACCAGCGCAAGUCGCUGCCGAACCGCUGGCGUGACCUUCCGGCUAUCACGCGCAGACCCAAGCUUGGGGAGGAGUACCCCGGGCGGUACUUUCCGCCCAAGGCGCCGAAGCGGUUUGUCUACGUUGGGGUGGGCAAGGUGGUCAAGACCGGGGUGGACGAGGGCCGGAUCUGGGCGGAGGUCGAGCCGAUCCCUGGGAAGACGGGGGGGAAGUACGAGUUCUUUGACCCCUGGACGGGCCAGGAUAUGCCGGCGGACUACUGGCCUGGGGAGGAGGAGGAGUGGGACAAACAGACUCCAAACCACACUAAGCACGCCAAUAACGCUGCCCCAGAUCCCGAGGUCAAAGUAGUGCGCCGGCAGACUAGACGGGCUCGUCCACUUGGUAUACAGAAACGCCGCUACCGUCAUCGCGUAGCUGAGAUAGAAGCAGACGUUCGCGGCGCCAAAGAACGAGGCCAGCACGAAGCUCGGGCCGAGGGUUAG